AUGAUUGGUGUAAAACGAAAGAAGAAACACAGUGCCAUUUCAACAUUCUGGUGGAUAAUCUUGCCGCAAAGCGUUCUACUCCUUGCUCUUGUCAUCUAUUUGAUAUGCGGAGCAUUGACAUUUCGAUGGUUGGAUGAAUCGCUGGCUGAGCAAUCGAUUUGGGAUGUCAUCCUUUUCGAGUACGGAACUCUGGCGACAAUUGGCUGGGGAAACGUCUAUCCAACGACCGAACACGCUCGCGUUUUCGCUUGUUUAUACGCUCUCAUCGGCAUUCCGUUGUUUUUAUUGUACAUAGCUAGCGUUUACAAGUAUGUAACGAAAUUAUAUUGGUAUGUGUUGUAUGGGCUUGGCUUUCCAGUUCGUUGCAAAAUCUCAUCGGAUGCCCGUUUGCCGAUUAAAACGAUUCUUUUCCUAUUUUUGUUCACUUUUGCCGGCGGCUCGUUUUUCAUCAAACAUACGGGAGAUCCAUUCACAAUUGAUGACAUAUAUUUUAGUUUCAUCUCGUUCACGACGGUCGGCUUUGGCGAUACUUCUCCAGUCGUUCAUUCACUUCCCGAAUUGAUCUUAACAAUGAUGUAUUUGACAUGGGGAAUCGUUCUCACAACCGCUCUUUUCCGAAGCCUCAAUGAUUUUCUCAGAAAGGUGCACUACUUGGGUCGUCGCUUCCGCGGUGCUCGAGAUGUGCCCGUGUAUAUUGGGGGGCAAACGAUCACCGUCAGUCAACUCAUGGCCACCGUCGCUCAGGAGUUUGAUGCAUCUCCAAAAGAAAUCCGUACAAUGCUUCAUGAUUUGGACGAUCUUAUCUCAGCGUCAACGAAAAGUAAUGUGCCAUUGAUCCGUGUAAACGAUAUUGAGGAUUUUGAUUGCUAUGAA